AUGAAGGAAGGGGAGAAGUAUCUCAACAUGGCGCACCACCACCAGGACCAGCGCCAACAACAGUAUGAAUCGGGCCUCGAAGUCGCCGACACCCAGGGCCCAUGGCACCGCAACGACAUCCCCCUGCCCGAGAUGACGCCCUACAUCCACGUUGACGCCAAAACCGCGACAACGCCGCAGGUCGCCGACGACCCGGCAUCGUGGCACCACUACUACAAGCAGAACCCGGGCCUCGAGGUCGUGUCCUCGCCAUCCGUCACCACGCCCGGCGGCUACGGAGGCACCACGGCGGCGGCAUACAGCCAAGACUCCGGUUCGGCGUACGGCGCCAACGGACAGCAGCAUCCCCCGGGCUACCACCACCCGUCACCGGAUGCAAAGUACGCCGAUGCGGAGGGGCGGGGGAAGAUGUGCGGCGUGCGGCGGAAGCUAUGCUACAUCAUCAUGGGCGUCGCGAUAGUCCUUGUCGUGGCGGCCAUCGCCAUCGGCGUCGGGGUGGGCUUGGCAACCAGGCGGCAGUCGGAUUCCGACAACUCGUCGUCAGACAACUCAACAACCCCGGAAUCAACAAAAACAGCAAACAUCGUCUGCCCCGCCUCGGACAACGCGACGUAUUCGGCGCAGGACGCGCCCGCCCGCCACUUCCGCCUCAUCUGCGGCCACGACUACAACGCGGACGCGGGCGCCAUCGACCUCACCUCGGCCAACGCCACCACCAUGGCCGCCUGCAUCGACCUCUGCGCCGCAAAGUCCGACUGCGUCGGCGCCGGCUGGGGCGUCUACUACGGCGACCACAUCUGCUGGAUGAAGAGCCGGCUCGGCGAGAUGAACACUUCGGGGAACUGGAUCUUCGCCGUGGACGUCAACAAGACGUCGACGACGUCGACAUGA